UUUUUUUGUGUCAAUUAUGACAUUUUGCAAGAUGGCUGCCGUUAGUUCAGAUUUUGACCACCUGUUGACCACAUUCAUUAUGAUCCUUGUCGACCUAUACUGCGAAAAAUUGACAAUUCGAAAAAUGUCUUUUCAGUUUGAUUUUUGUUUUGGUUUGUUUAUGUAAGCUCUGUAGGCAAACCUUCGUUGCAGUUUUACGAAAAAUAUACCUAUCUUGCAGUUUUAUAAAACUUUAGUAUUUGUAAACAAAAUGAGUUUAGAAUCAAUAAAGUAUAAGCGAGGAAAUUUAGAAAUUUUAGAUCAACUGUUAUUACCCUUACAAACGAGAUAUGUUAAGGUGCGGGGCGUUGAAGAUGGUUGGAAAGUUAUUAAUAAAAUGCAGGUUCGAGGAGCUCCUGCCAUAGCCAUAGUUGGAUGUUUAUCACUAGCUGUGGAAUUACUAAAUGAUGAUAUGUCAGACAAAAAGCACAUGAGGCAAGAGAUUGAAGGUAAACUUAACUACUUGGUGUCUGCCAGGCCAACAGCUGUAAAUAUAAAAUUGGCAGCAGAGGAACUGAUAAAUUUAGCAAAUACACUAUGCGCCGAUGAGACUGUGUCUGUUGAUGAAUUCAAAGAAAGGUUUAUUUGUAGUAUAGAGAGUAUGUUAAUGAAGGACAUAGAAGAUAAUAAAGCAAUAGGAAGAUAUGGUUGUGAAGCAAUAUUAAAUAAUUUAGAUGGGGAAGGACAAGUCCGUAUACUUACACACUGCAACACAGGUUCAUUAGCGACAGCUGGAUAUGGUACUGCUUUAGGAGUUAUAAGGUCAUUGCAUGCAGCCAAACGGCUAGAGCAUGUGUACUGCACUGAAACGAGGCCAUACAAUCAGGGUGCAAGGUUAACGGCGUAUGAAUUAGUGCAUGAAAAGAUACCAGCCACUUUGAUUGUAGAUAGCAUGGUGUCAGCCCUAAUGCACGCCAGGAAAAUAGACGCUGUAGUAGUGGGCGCCGAUAGAGUGGCCGCCAAUGGAGAUACUGCCAAUAAAAUCGGAACAUACCAAAUAGCAAUAGUAGCGAAAUACCAUGAAGUACCUUUUUACGUAGCAGCCCCACUGACCUCCAUUGAUAUGUCGUUAUCAUCUGGGGAACGAAUAAAGAUUGAAGAAAGACCAGAUAGAGAAAUGACCCAUAUUGGAGAACAUAGAAUUGCAGCACAAGGUAUAAACUGUUGGAACCCCUCAUUUGACGUCACGCCCGGAGCUUUAAUAACAGGAAUUAUAACUGAAAAAGGGGUUUAUGUCCCACAUAAGCUGAAAGAAGCAGUUCAUUCUUAACAAUAAAACUCGCCAAUAUAACAAAUCUUGUUGAUAGCCGCAGUGCCUAUGCGCCCACCCUUAUGGUUAUUUUGCUCAAGUAAUUACCUAUGUUCAAAGAUGUAUAUGAUAAUGUGUAGAUAAAAUUUAAUUUGAAACUAA